AUGGCAGCUGAAGACUCUGACAGAAAUGAAGCUUCCACCAACCAUGUGGCAGUCAUCUUUGGGGUUACUGGGCUAGUAGGCAAGGAGCUUGCCAGAAGGCUAAUCUUGAAACCCAAUUGGAAAGUUUAUGGCAUAGCUCGAAACCCUGAGAUCAUACCCAUAAAGAAUCCCCACUUCCAUUUCAUUUCAUGUGAUUUGCUGAACCCUUUGGAAACCCAACAGAAACUCUCUUUGUUACAAGAUGUGACCCAUGUUUUCUGGAUCACUUGGGCAAGCCAGUUUCCCUUGGAUGGCCAUGAGUGUUGUGAGCAGAACAAGAGCAUGAUUUCCAAUGCUUUGAAUGCCAUUCUCCCCACAGCCAAGGCAUUGAAGCAUGUGUCUCUCCAGACAGGCAUGAAGCAUUAUAUCUCAUUGCAGGGUCCUUUUGAGAAAAAAGUUCAUUACUACAAUGAGGAAUCCCCAAGGGUAAGUGGAAGCCAAAACUUUUACUAUGUCCUAGAGGACUUGAUCAAGGAGAGGCUAGCCGGUAAGGCGGCUUGGUCGGUGCACCGGCCGGGUUUGUUGCUAGGGAGUUCUAACAGGGCUCUGUAUAAUUUCAUGGGGAGUUUAUGUGUUUAUGGAGCAAUCUGUAAACAUCUAAAUCUCCCUUUUGUCUUUGGAGGGACAAGGGAGUGUUGGGAAGAGACCUGCAUUGAUGGCUCGGAUGCUCGGUUGGUAGCUGAACAGCACAUUUGGGCAGCCACCAAUGAUGCAACAUGUUCCAUUGAUGGCCAAGCUUUUAAUGCAAUCAAUGGCCGGAGUUUUACUUGGAAGGAGAUCUGGCCGUCUCUUGGAAUGAAGAUUGGUGUAGAAGUACAGCCGGAAGACAUGUUUUCGGAGGAUUUUUGGUUUUCAACAGCCAUGGCGGACAAGAAAAAGGUUUGGGAGGAGAUUGUGAUGAAGGAAGGACUGCUUCAAACAGAGAUGGAAGAUUUGGCUAAUUGGGAAUUCUUGGACGUCUUGUUUCGUUGCCCGUUUAAACUGCUGGGGACACGAGAGAAAGCUGAUGGGCUUGGUUUUACUGUGAGGUAUAAGACAUUGAAUUCAAUCUUGUAUUGGAUUGAUUUCAUGAGAGGUGAGAAACUCAUUCCUUAAGAGCUAGAUUGACUUCGUUUGGAUUAAUUUAGUAAAAAACAGAAUGUGAGCACCACAAACUGGUUCUC